AUGAUAGAUGUUGAGUAUCUGUUUUACUCGGUUGAGUCGUCUUCUGGGUGUGUGAAUACAGUCGCGAAUGGAGGUCGGCGAAAGCCUCCUUCAAAAGGAAAACGGGAAAGAGCAAAGCUAUCAGAGUUGGAUUUUUUGCUCGAACAGGUCGGCCCGCUUGGAGUUGCCCUUUAUCAGAGAAGAUGGAAGCAGCGUUAUGCCGGUAAGCUCGCCGGGAUUCCAACUACGAGAGAAUCUGUAAAUUCUGCUUUUCCGCUCUCCUCUCAUAUAUCGUUAGUAGGUUUAUCCGAGAAAGUUCUUCAUCUUCUAAACGAGCUGCAACGGGCAUACGCAGCGUCCACAGAGGACAGUCAGCUUCGAGCAAUCAUUCACGCAGGACGACCCGCCAUUACCUGCGCUCUCGGGGAAGUUAUACGAGCAACUCCGGUCUUCCAUGCACUUAAAGUGCGCGUAGUUCUUGGUUGCGAGGAAGCCAAAUCGUUUGAAACGUAUUCAACGGAUGAUGAUGGGCAGAAAACGACAUGGCAAGGGGAAGAAACUGAUGACGAAGCAGUCUCUAAUUUUGCCGGGGGUGAAGGACACGUAUUAGUUGUGGCCAGAACGUAUUGUACUCGAGGGCAGAGGAAUAGACCUCUCCCUCCUUGUCCUUUUGUCUUAAGAUUUGAUGAUUCACUUCCUGACCCGUCCAUGGAUGGCAGCGGCGGAAGAUGCCGGGUUGUGCAAUUCAAAGAACGCAGCAAGAAGAGUCAAGGAGAUGGAGAGAAACAAGAGAAAGCAGAGUCCCUGGGUCGUCCUAGAGUUGUUGCAGAAAAAGUGACUGCCAAGUCAAUUGAAAUUGGAAUUUCGAAGGAGGCAGGACUGCCAGGAAUGGUGGAUGAUAGCUUGACGGACAAGGUGCUUUCUUUGACUUCAUCUGAUUCAGAUUCGGACAUGGAUACCUCACCGAAAUGCGAACCAGAAGAGAUGGAAAAAAUAAAUUUGAUGGCCAAACUGGCAAAAGCGCCAUCGGAUGAAGAAGAUGAGGGUAGCAGCGCCCACGUCUAUUAUUCUCGCCCACCUCUGGCGUUGCUGGGACCAAGCAAGAGUCACCAAAAGUGUUUUUUGUACAGGGUGCUUGUUUUGGAGACAGUCCCGGGAGUGCAGGGAUUACCUGCUGGUGCAAAAGUGCGAAAGCUUGGGGUUGAGGAUUUUAUUUUAGUCUUGAGUGAAGAGCUAGACGAUCGUGAUCGGACAAUUUUUUUGCCAGGGACAUCAUCUCACGCUGGAAACACUACUGGAUAUGCUGCGUGCAUGAAGCUCGACUACCAAGGUCAGGUCUCCUUAUCAGAUGAUCAAAUCAAUGAAGGUCGGCAAUACACAUCAGCAAUAUUUUCACUUUCUUCACCAUCAUCAAAAAAAAACGGUGUCUAUUGGGAUGGCAUUCGUGGUAUGCAACUAACAUCCCACCAAUUAUCCACUGAAGAGAUGGAGGGGACUGACCCUUCAUAUCUUCGUCGAUACUUAGUUCUGCCGGCAAUCCAAGAGGCGGAUACGGGGCUUCAAAGUCCCCGCGAAGGGGAGGUAUCUAAAGGAGGAGACAUAUCCGAUGAUGCAACGUGCAAUAUGAGAGAGUUGGUGAGGAAAUAUUUUCCUCCGGCUUCAAAACCGCUUGAAAUGAAAUGGCCAGAAUUUGCAUGUCAGAUAGACUGGGACUCAGUUCGCGAUCUUCUUUCUUCUGUUAAUGUCAAGAAGGAAUCUGAAGGAAUACUGGGUAGCAAUGCACUUCAGCCGGAGCAAUUUGGGAAGUUAGAGGGACGGCUCAUAAAGUCGAGCUUUCCAGGUGAAAAUGUGAUCUUGUCUGGGCGGCUUCAUUAUGGUUUCUGUCCCCUAUCAAAACACAUACGAUCGAAGAAGUUCAAAUUGAAUGAUGAUGGCACCCUUGUCCCCCAUCCAGAUCUGUCCAGUUUGGUUCUUACGGUGGCUUCUGAAGAAACGUUAACACAACAAGCAAAGGCAUCGGGUGUCGUUGGAACGGGGGAUGGCUCGGAUAAUCCAAGCCCAGAUGAAUCUUCACCUAGAGUGAACGGACGAGGAAUUCUAGGUUGCCUGGAGAAAACAAGGCAUCCUACUGGAAUUGAUGUUGGGCUUGUAAAAUGGAACGAAACUGUGAAUUGUCUAAUAGGCAGCCCCAGGACUGUCGGGCGAAAACGAAAACAUGAAGAAUGUUCCCCUUCUUUGUUUGAUGCUGAUCGAAACGUCCGUAAGCAAAGAAAAACUUGGGUUGGCAAAAUUCGUUGUUCCUACGAGAAAUACUACAAGAAUCAUUCUGUCGAAGAGAUCAAGUUUCUGGAUCAACCUCUGCUUGUUGCAUCAAGACCGUCAACAUGCAGCUAUGACCAAUUUCUGGGGGCGAUCCGUGAUAACUCUGUCAUCUCUGUGUGCAGUGAGCUAACCAAGAAGGGUGCGAAUAGACGAGUGUUAAUACCAGAGCUGUGUCACCUGUACCCGGUUUCAACCGGUGCCCUAUUUUUACCGGCCGCACUAUUUCGUCUUGAGAAGCAUCUUUCAGUGUGCGAGCUGGGACGACUUUUUGAUGAGAGAGUCGGAAUCCCUGGAGAUCUCGAUGAAUUGGUACAGUGUGUGACUGCAGACCAUGUAAACAAGUCAAAGAAUUACGAACGACUAGAGUUUCUUGGGGAUGCCGUGUUAAAGGUGUCCUGCACGAAGCGUCUGUUUGCCCGCAGGCCUCAUGAUUCAGAGGGACAGAUGCACAAUGCCCGUGCCUUUCGGGUCUCCAAUGAGAGGUUGCAUCGCUUGGGUCAUCGCUUUGGGUUGCAUCAUUAUUUAAACUUUCAAGAGGAUACAAUUGAAGAGUGGCUUCCACCCGGUAGUGAUGUGAGGGGGAAAGCACAAAAAGUGACUGUCAAGGCACUUGCAGACGUUGUCGAAGCGCUUUGCGGGGCAUACUUUUUGUUUGGGGUGAAAGCUGCCCCCAGAGAGGACGUUCCCGAGGACGUUCCCAGUGACGAGAAUAAAAUGGCACUCGCGCGAGAGCCUACAGGGAUAUCUGCUGGUACAAAUCUGUUCGGAUGUUAUUCGGGUAGCAAUGUCAGCUCUGAGUCCUCGUCAGGGGAUGAAGGGAUGGAUAGCGUUGAUGAUGAUUCCACAUCAGAUAUGGAAGAUGAAGGAGCACGACAUGGAGGCAGUGGUAGAAAUAGCCCUCCUGACUACCGUGAUGACCAAAGUACCAGGCCUGUCACAGGAAUAGAACUCGAAAGCGGAUACAAAGCAGGAUACAAACUGCUGGAGGUGUGCAAAAUCUUUGAAGAUGAAGAGCCGACACACAACGAACUAUUGCUUUCGGCGAUUCAUGCAAUGCACCCGAAAGGGUCAAAGCCUCCAAUGUCUACAUCUUUGGAGGCAUAUCCGGAAGACUGGAGGAUAACAAGCCCCAAGAAGCCAUGGGAAGAACAAUUUGGACCACUGGAGAAAAAGUUGAAGUACAAGUUUAAGCAUCGUCCGCUACUCCUUUGCGCCUUAACUCACCACACGUACUUGACAUCCAGUGGAAGAAACACAUCUGAACAGCAAACCUUCCAGCGUCUAGAAUUCUUUGGGGAUGCCAUAGCGGAUCUGUGCGUUAUUGUGUACCUCUACAAUAGAUACCCAGAACUUGGACCCGGAGAACUGACAACAUUGAAAGGAAACGUGGUCAGCAACGAAGCUUUCGCGAGAAUUACGGUGCGCAUGGGAAUGCACAAAUAUUUGUACCAUGGGUCAACUCACCUCACUGCAGAAAUUGCAAGCUUUACCAAAGCCAUAAAGGCAGAGCGAGAGGCAGGUAUUGGACCGGUUGGCGGGUUGAAGAAGUCUCUCAGUGAAAUAGCGGCACCAAAGGUACUGGGAGAUAUUUUCGAGUCUGUACUGGGAGCAAUCUAUGUGGAUUCUGGUUUGCAAGAAGCAUGGCGGGUGUGCAUGGAUGUCCUGAGUGACUCGUUGCGUAUUAACGCGGACCCGCGACGUGACGAUCGACACCCGAGUCAGGAAUUAUUGGAAUUGGUAACGCGAGUAUGGAAACUGAGUCCGACGCCACCGCGAUACGACCUUGAACCACCGCCGGUAGGCAUGCGAGGGAAGAAAUGCAUGGCUGUGUACAUUCUAGGGGAGAAGAUCGCAACAGGGUUUGGGACGACGGUGAAACGAGCAAAGCUCAAGGCUGCGAUGGCGGCAUUGACACUACUUAAGGACGAGGACGCCAACUCUGCCGGCGCGGGGAUACUUGAACGAUUGAAAGAAGAAACCAUCAAACGACAGGUAGAAGAAAGAAACUCGUACCGCUGA